AUGGGUGGCUGCAUUCCCUUUCUGAAGGCAGCAAGGACACUGUGCCCCAGAAUCAUGCCCCCUUUGCUGUUGUUGUCCGCCUUCAUUUUUUUAGUGAACGUCCUGGGAGGAGCCCCAGGACACAACCCGGACCGCAGGACCAAGAUGAUCUCAAUACACAGCCUCUCCGAGCUGGAGCGUCUGAAGCUGCAAGAGACUGCUUACCACGAACUCGUGGCCAGGCAUUUCCUCUCUGAAUUCAAACCCGAAAGAGCUCUACCUAUUGACCGUCCAAACACCUUGGAGAAGUGGUUUCUGAUUCUGAGAGGACAAGAGAGGGCGGUAUCACUCAAGACUUUUGGCAUUCGACUGGAAGAGGUGCUGGUGAACGAGCUUACCCGCCGCAAGCAACUUGAACUGAGAGCUGCGAUGCAGAUUGAAGAAGCCACCCGUCAGGUUGCGGGCCGUCGUCGGGGAAACGUGGUGCAAAGGAUGUUUGGCCGCAUCAGGCGCUUUUUCAGUCGCAGGCGGGCUGAGCCCUCCUUGCCCCGGGAGUUUACUCGCCGUGGGCGUCGAGGUGCAGUCUCUGUGGAUAGCCUGGCUGAACUGGAGGACGGGGCCCUGCUGCUGCAGACCCUGCAACUUUCCAAGACUUCCUUUCCAAUUGGCCAGCGACUUCUGGGAUCCAAAAGGAAAAUGAGCCUCAAUCCGAUUGCUAAGCAAAUCCCCCAGGUUGUUGAGGCUUGCUGCAGCUUCAUUGAGAAACAUGGCUUAAGCACAGUGGGGAUUUUCACCCUGGAAUAUUCUGAGCAGAGAGUGCGUAAGCUCCGUGAAGAAUUUGAUCAAGGUCUGGAUGUAGUGCUGGAUGACUCUCAGAAUGUGCAUGAUGUGGCCGCACUCCUCAAGGAGUUUUUCCGUGACAUGAAGGACUCUUUGCUGCCAGAUGAUCUGUACAUGUCCUUCCUCCUGACAGCAACUCUGAAGCCACAGGAUCAGCUUUCUGCCUUGCAGUUGCUGGUUUACCUGAUGCCACCUUGCCACAGUGACACCCUGGAGCGUCUCCUGAAGGUCCUGCAUAAGAUCACUGAGAACUGCGAGGACUCCAUUGGCAUUGAUGGACAGUUGGUUUCAGGCAAUCGUAUGACUUCCACCAAUUUGGCUUUGGUGUUUGGAUCUGCUCUCCUGAAGAGGGGGAUAUCUGCCAAGAGGGAGUCCAGGAAAACAAGACUGGGGAUUGACCACUAUGUUGCUUCUGUCAAUGUGGUCCGUGCCAUGAUUGAUAACUGGGAUAUCCUCUUUCAGGUGCCUCCCCAUAUUCAGAGGCAGGUUGCUAAGCGUGUAUGGAAAUCCAGUCCUGAAGCCCUUGAUUUUAUCAGACGCAGGAAUUUGAGGAAGAUCCAGAGCGCAAGGAUAAAGAUGGAAGAGGAUGCUUUACUUUCUGAUCCAGUGGAAAACUCUGCUGAAGCCCGGGCUGCUGUCCUUGGUCAAAGCAAGCCCUUUGAUGAAGGUUCCUCUGAGGAGCCAGCUGUGCCUCCCGGCACUGCCCGUUCCCAUGACGAUGAUGAAGGAGCGGGUAACCCCCCCAUUCUGGAGCAAGACCGCCCAUUGCUCCGUGUGCCCCGGGAGAAGGAGGCCAAAACUGGCAUCGGCUACUUCUUUCCUUAGAUGUUUUUCCUUCUAUAUGGUGCCAGACAGGGGGAGAGGGUGGGGGUAGACCUGGGAUGUCACAGGAAACAUUAAGGAGAGUCUUGAAGGUAAAGAUCUGAGGGUAAGAAGGAGUUCCACCUGAUGCUCGGGUCAGGCUGUGAAUUCCAAACACACCACCAGCCCCUUUCCUGGGGAUGCUCGGUCCCUUCAGCUGGUAAAAGUGGAGAUGUUUCUGUGUCAUGCUCAGGCGCCCUGGUGCUACCUUGCCUCUCUCUUUUACCCCUGAUCCUGGCUUUCCCUUACUACAGCCGUUCCUUUAAUUGAUGUGACAUUUGUGGUAAACACCUGUCCCAGAGAAGCUCACAAAUCUCGAGGUGCUUUCCCUCCCCCAAAGGGGAUUGCAUGCUUUUCCUGACUUUCCUACCCUCCUCCUAAGAGCUCAGUUGGAAAGGCCCUCAAGAGGCAUGCUAGGAUGUUAGGUCAGCCUACUAACAGCUGACAAUUAAUGCUAAACCAUGUCACACCAAUUCAUAGCCGUGUCCUCGCAGCCACUCCACCGCCUCAGGAUAAUUUUUUCCAAAUUAUUUAGACCAAUGGCUCGUCAAACAGCCACUCCCCAAAUCCUGAGAAACCCAACUAGCUUUCCUGGGGUCAAAGGUUAGAGGAAAAAAUUGAUUUUAUUACCUAGAUCUGUUUUACAGAUAGCUGGCAGCCACAUCCUGUUGUCAGCAAAACAGCUAGUUAGGUACGAACACAUAGUUCCAAGCAGUAAAAGUCACCUGAUUACAAAUGUUCUUAAAUAUCGUCUCUGUAGUUCCUCUAUGCAGGACGGUACAAAUUUGCGGGACAUGCUCUGGUAACAUGCAGAUAUGGGUUAUGUAUGACAUCCAAAAUUAUAGCUGUUAUUGAGGGGUAACAACUGCUAAGGUCCAUAGAAUGAAGAAUGUAUUGUAUUGAGGGGUAGAAAUUGAUCACACAAUGGGUAACAACCGCAGAGCUCGAAGAUUUGUGAUUGUUAAAACUUCUCUGGCAUUUAAUCAUUAAUAAACAUCUGUAUUGUGACAGCAGCA